AUGGGGCCGCUCUGGCCGCCGCUGCUGCUGGGCGCGCUGUGCUGGGCGCCGGCGUGGACGUGGGCGUCGGCGGGGCCCCGCCACGGCCUGAGCGGCGCCUGGACCGUGCGCAACGCCAACGGCUCGCUGCAGCUGCCCGGCGCCGUGCCCGGCUGCGUGCACACCGCGCUGCGGCGACGGGGCCUCAUCCAGGACCCUUACUACAGAUUCAAUGACCUGGAGUACAGGUGGAUUGCUCUUGACAACUGGACCUACAGCACGGACUUCACACUCCCCACUGCCCUCAGGAAAUGGAAGAAUAUCCACCUGAUUUUUGAAGGAGUCGACACUGUGGCCCAAAUCCUGCUGAAUAAUGUCACUAUUGGGAAGACAGACAACAUGUUUGUCAGAUACGGCUUUCCCGUGGGCCACUUGCUUCAGGCCCAGAACCGGCUGGAGCUGCGCCUACUGUCCCCAGUGCUGUUUGCAGCAUGGCAGAGCCGCAACUACCCGGGGCUCCCCGUGCCCCCCGCCUGCCCGCCGCUCGUGCAGAAAGGCGAGUGCCACGUCAACUUCAUCCGCAAGGCACAGUGCUCUUUCAGCUGGGACUGGGGCCCUGCCUUUCCCACCAUGGGCAUUUGGAAGGAUGUCUGGCUGGAGGGCUACAGCACCUGCCGCCUGGACUACCUCACCUUCGCGCCGCUCUACAAUGAUACAGCAAGGACGUGGGAUCUUGACAUCGAAGCUGCUUUUGAGGUGAUGGGCUUGGGGCCGCUCAGGGGCCUGGCAAUCAUCACCCUCCCCGAGCUGCUUGUCCAGCAGAAACUCGCCCUUUCCCUCCCGCCUGGAAAAAGCGUUGCUGAGCUGGGAGUGAGAAUCAACCCGAAUAUUAGUGUCGAAAUGUGGUGGCCUCAUGGAUUCGGGAACCAGACUGGCUACAACAUGUCCGUUGAGUUUGUACUGGACGGGGACACGUAUAUCACAAAGACAGUGAAGGUUUAUUUUAGGACAGUGGAGCUGGUGGAGGAGAAAAUACAAGGGUCUGAGGGCUUGAGUUUCUACUUCAAGAUUAACGGGCUCCCCAUAUUUCUGAAAGGCUCCAACUGGGUCCCCGCCGAUUCCUUCCAGGACAGGGUAACACCCGCCCUGCUACAGCGUCUCUUGCAGUCAGUGGUGGAUGCUAACAUGAAUGUGCUACGGGUCUGGGGUGGUGGCAUCUAUGAGCAGGACGAGUUCUACCGGCUCUGCAACGAGCUGGGGAUCAUGGUGUGGCAGGACCUGAUGUUCGCCUGUGCCCUGUACCCCACGGACGAGUCUUUCCUCAGCUCUGUGCGCACUGAGGUUGCCCAGCAGGUCCAGAGACUGAAGCCUCACCCCUGCAUCAUCCUGUGGAGUGGCAACAACGAGAACGAGCUGGCGCUGGUGGCCGACUGGUUCCACACGGCUGCCCACGCGGGUGCCUAUCGCGCUGACUACGUGACACUCUACGUGAAGACCAUCCGCUCCGUGGUGCUGGCAAGAGACAGAACACGCCCGUUCAUCGCCUCUAGCCCCACCAACGGCGCCCAGUCAGUGGCUGAGGGCUGGCUGGCAGCUGACCCGGACAGCAGCUUGUAUGGAGACACACACUUCUACGACUACACACUGAACUGCUGGGACUGGAGUGUGUUUCCCAAGGCACGCCUGGUGUCCGAGUAUGGCUAUCAGUCCUGGCCGUCCUUCAGCACACUGCAGCAGGUCUCAGCUCCCGAGGACUGGUUCCCCGACAGCCCCUUCCUCACCCACCGGCAGCACCAUCAAGGGGGCAACCAGGAGAUGCUGAGGCAGGUGGCCCUGAAUUUCAACCUGUCCCGGAGCGCAGACCCGCAGCAGCAGCUCCGAGACACCAUCUACCUGACCCAGGUGAUGCAGGCCCAGUGUGUGAAGAGCGAGACCGAGUUCUACCGUGGCAGCCGCAGCGAGCUGGAGUCGGGCCGGGGCCACACCAUGGGCGCGCUCUACUGGAUGCUGAGCGACAUCUGGCCUGCCCCGUCCUGGGCCUCGCUCGAGCACGGGGGCAAGUGGAAGAUGCUGCACUACUUGGCCCGCCGCUUCUUCGCGCCGCUGCUGCCCGUGGCCCAGGAGCGGGCCGGGGCGCUCGAGGUGGUCGCGCUGUCGGACCUGCGCGCGCCGCUGACCGUCCGGCUGCAGGUGCAGCUGUUCGCCUGGAGCUCGCUGCGGCCGCGCUGCUCGCUCGUCCUGGCCCCGGCGCAGCUGGCGCCCGGCGCGGCCUCGCUGCUGUGGCGGGCGCCGCUGCCCCCCCUGCUGGCGCGCUGCGGCAACUGCACGCGCGCGUCCUGCCUGCUGCGGCUGCGGCUGCGGGCCGGCGGCCGGCCCCGCGGCCCCGACAACCACCUGUUCCUGGCGCCGCUCAAGGCCGCGCAGGGGCUGCGCGACCCACGACUCGCUGUGAACAUCUCUCAGCAAGGGGACGCGUUUGCCUUCACACUGGAGACACAGGCUGUGGCAGCCUUUGUGUGGCUGGACGUGGGGAACAUCCCAGGGCGGUUCAGCGACAACGGCUUCCUCCUGACAACACGGACACGCGUCGUGCAGUUCUACCCCUGGGCACCCACCAGCGUAAGCGACCUGAGGCAUGAGCUCCACGUGACGACACUGGCCGACAUCUGAGGCGUCAGUUCUGCCAUCUUGGGGGAUGCCUGCUGCCAGUCUUUUGGCCCUGGACAUGGCUCUCUGGAGGAAGGACUGCUCGAACCUGGGUUGGGAGUCGGUGGAGUCCGAGCGAGGGAGAUGGAAGGGGCCACUAAGGGCUGAGCUUGUCUUUACUGCUGUGAGAACUUUUCGUGUGCUUAGUGAUGGGGAACUUGAAGGCUUAUAAAUUCUGUUCACCCUU